AUGGUAACUACACCAAACAUCGGGCUCUGUUGGUCGUCACAGCUGCAAUCUGAAAACCGGAUCCCACCUCGUGGUACCUGCUCCUUGCCUCAAGGCCUCCAGCGAGGCCAACCCGGACUCGAACUCGUUCCUUCUGCUCUAGAGCGUCAAGCUAGUGAGAAAGGGAGGCAGCAACGGAAACCCUUCGCACGUACGUCCCUCGAAGAGACGGUUAUCUCGGUACUCACCAAUGUACGCAUGCACAUCCAACUGACAUGGUUACGCACACACACACACACACAGAAACACAACCUCAUAUUGGCAAAUGAGAGCAGGCCGGCGCGUCUGAGUGCUGACUCGAGGUGCUUGAGCACGCAGACAAACGUUCGUCGGCAUGACAGCAACGCAUUCGACUGGUCACAGGUUCUCCAAAGCCUGGCAACCCAGUGCCUGACAUGGCGACGGAGACCAAAGUUGUCCCACCCGUGA